AUGGAAACCAAUGAAAAGAUUGAUAAGGUGGAUGGUAAGAUUACAGCUUUGGCAAAAGAACUUGAGCAGAUAAAACAAGAAAAUUGUGACUUAAAGAAGAAGAAUGAUGCAUUGACAAAUCGAAUAAACUAUCUAGAACAAUCAGUGAAAGAUAAUGAGAUUGAAAUACAAGGAGUCCCAAUUGAAGACGAAGAAAAUAUUUUAGAUAUCUUAAAGAACAUUUCCACGCAAAUAUCGUUUGACUUCAACAAUGAAAUGAUAAGUAACUGUUAUCGUUACGGACAGUCUCAGACAAGUGAGUUUGCCCCAGGGAUAAUAGUACAAUUUGUACGAAGAUUAGAUAAGGAUCGCUUCAUGAAGUGUCGUCGAAAGAAGAGAAAUCUUAAUUCUAGAGACAUUGGUUUCAUGGGAGGGGACGCUACAGUCAUCUAUGUAAAUGAUAGCCUAACUACGGAGAAACGGAAACUGUUAAAAGCGGCACGACAAGCAAAGAAGAACAAAGGGUUCACCUAUCUAUGGGUAAGGGGUGGUCGGAUCUAUUUGAGGAAAAAUCCUGAUGACCCGUGUGUGCUGAUAAACAACUAUGAUGAUAUCAAGAAGCUGGAGUGA